AUGGGAUCCAAAUCGAAGUCUGCAAAGGAAAAAGGCAGCAAAGGAAGUAAGGGCAGUAAAGGUAAGGGUAGCAAAGAAAGCAAAGGCAAAGGUAAAGGAAACGAUGGCGCCAAGAGUAAAUGUGAAGCCAUUCCUGUACCCUUUGAGUAUGUGCGGCAACCAACACCGCCACCGCCACCAGAACCGCCUAAGCCCACUCUCCUCUCCUCAAUGCGGCGCCAGAUCUGGUACCCCUAUGCGAGUCAACCCACUCUGGAGUAUCGUGAAUUCGCUUGGUCUCCCACUGCCCCACUAUGCACCAGCUGGGGCGAUGUGUGGGUCUCCGAACUCCAAUUUCGUCGGAUCCUACGCUACAAAUAUGAGUCCGCUAACAAUAGGUUAGUAUCUUUGGGCAUCCCAAUUAUCACCAAGGGCGAACCAAAAAUGUUGAUUGAAGUACCACUUACCGGACGAAUCGCAGUACUUUUAAACUGUCCAACGGUAAAAAGUAAUGCCAUUGUCUUCUAUAACCCGGAAACCUUCGAAGAGGAACACAAAAUUGAGUUCCCUUAUAAAGCAAAAGACCCAGCCUCGAUCCCAACAACCGUCGAUCCAGACACCAACCAACCUCUUCCUCGUGGAUUCAACCUUUCAGAUGAAUCUACACCCUAUGGAAUCUGUGCUAACAGAGACUCCAUCUGCAUAUUGUUUAAUCCUCUCCAAAAGAUGCAGUUCCUUUCCUCACACACUUAUGAACCUCAGGAUUUCCAAUUAGAAAAUUACUUCACUGACGAGAGAACAUGUGUUCAUUUGGCUGCCUCUGGAGGAUGUGCCAUGUCACAUAACCUACUAUUUGUUGCAGCCACCUGUCCAAAUCGGAUUCAGGCUUUUCACCUUCACUACUGCCGCGUAUACCGUCGAAUUGAUGUAAUUAAAGUUGUUCUUUACGCAAACUUCGGUGUCGAUCGCUUCUCUUAUGGCGAGCCAUUCGGUGUCCAGAUUGAUAGCCUGGGUUUGUUGGUGGCGAGCGACUCCAAAGUAGGUGUGUUUCACAUUUACAACGUCAAUAAGGUGCCAAAAGGCCCUUGUCUUUGUCCCUUGCCAAAUGGAGAAACUUGCUACAUGGGAUCCUACAAAGUUAACGCCUUUCAGCGCAUCCGCCCUGGUUACUUCUCCCUGGCCAAGAAUGGAACAGCAGCAAUUGUGGACCGCUACAGGAACUCUCUCCUCCUAUUAGUUGAUCAAUCAGUGAUGAGGUGGUACAACGACACCUUCCUCUGCCUAGAAAACGUACUCCUUCGAACCUUUGUGGAUCCGCUGAUGCCACAACUGCGUGAACCACCAACCCAAGAUAGUGUCUGCAUAUGCUCUUUAGAAGACAAGUGGAAACCAAUUCAACCAGAAGAUCUCCUUCCUGAGUCUUGGAUGAAGAAGUUCUGUCGAGAGAAGGAUCUCCCCAAGGAGGGCGAAGAGGUACCAGAUUCAAAAUCGUCCAAGAAGAAGGGCUCCAAAGGAUCAAAGGCCUCAAAAGACUCAAAGGGAGGGAAGGGAAAGAAUUCAAAGGACUCUAAAGGGAAGAAAAAGAAGUAG